CACUUGAAUCGUUAUCAAAAUGGCAGCACCUGUUUGGUUCAUCACCGGAAGCUCCAACGGCUUUGGUCUGUUGCUGAGCUUGCGUGCUCUCCAAGCUGGCCAUCGAGUCAUUGCGACGGUGAGGGAUCCAGUACGAUCUUCUGAAGCUGUCAAAUCUAUCGAGGAGGCCGGGGGCAAGAUUAUUCAGCUCGACAUGACAGAAUCCAAGGCGAGCAUAACCAAGAAAAUCCAGGAGGCGGAAAAGAUAUUCGGAAAGAUUGACUAUCUUGUCAACAACGCCGGAUACUCCGUCUUGGGCGUGAUAGAACUGUUUACGGAGGCAGAGGCUGAACAACAAAUCCAAACCAACUUCUUUGGUCCCUUCUAUGCCGUCCAGGCUGUUCUGCCUGGCAUGAGGGCUCGCCGCUCGGGGACCAUUGUCAACGUCAGCAGCGUUGCAGGGCAGGACGGCAACCCCAGCUGCGGACUCUACGCGGCCAGCAAGUUCGGCCUCGAGGGUUUCACUGAAGCUCUGUCCAAGGAGGUCAAGGAGUUUGGCAUCGACGUCCUCCUUGUCGAGCCCGGUGCGUUCAGGACCAACUUCCUUGGCGCCAGCCUCAAGAGCGACACCUCGGCCGAGCAGGCGUACUCGGGGACCGCUGUGGACGAGGCGCUCAAGAAAUUCAGCGCCGCUACGGGGAAGCAGCCUGGAGACCCGAAGAAGGCUGUCAACGUCAUCUUUGAAGUUGCUACGGGUGAGGGAGAAGCGGGACACCUAAAGGGCAACAUCCUGAGGCUACCGCUCGGCAGAGACGCCUUCACUCGGAUCCAGAACAAGAUUCAUUGGGUGCAACGGGACCUUGAUGCGAGCAUCGCGGUUGGAGUUGACACAGGCCUGGAUAGUGAAUGAAUUACAAAGGUUAAUGAUU